GCAGGAGCUGCAGCGACGAGUGCUGGAACACAUCGCUCCUUCUGUGCAAAGAGUCAAGAGUAUAGACUAUAGCUUGGAUGUGCCAUCCUCUACAAGACAAUCAUUGGCAAACAAUACUGGGAAAUGUAUAAACAAGAGAAUUUUCUAUAGGAUUCUGCAGGUCCAGUGAUCACCUGUGCACUUUACAGGCAAGGUUGUGAAAGGCACUGAAAACCUGCGUAGUUAAUGAAGAAGUGUGCUGCAAUUCCCAAGGUACCUUAUGGCACAAAGACUGUUACUGCAAGUUAUGGAUAAUCUAUUGAAUUACAAAGCCUAGUGCUGGAAUGAUAAUACAAAAAGUCAGCAAUAUUUUAUCUGUAUAUAACAGAGAAACCUCAUGACAAAACACAGUCUUUUUAGUUACACCUUUGAGAGAAUGCAAGAUUAAAGCACCAAAAUACAGGCAAACAUCAAUUAAGACCAGUGGUAUAAAAAAACAGAGGCAUUAAUCCUGGAUUUAGGGGUCCAGCAAUGCAGAGCACACUAUUGCACUGCUGGGCCCCGUGUACAUACACCUUUAUUAAUCAUGAUCAGUAAAAACUGAUAUUUUCACAGUACCUUGGAAAAUAAAAUAUAGCAGCUAAAUGUAACAAGAAACGGUAUCAAAGCAAUGUGUUCUGUCAUGGGUGACGACCUAGAUGAUUCAGUUGCUACAUGCUGGAAGUCAGUACUAUACAAUGUUCUGAUUGGAGUAGUUCUUGUUCUGAUUAUCAUCAUCACUAUUUGUGGCAAUGUGGUGGUUUGUUUGGCUGUUGGAUUUGACCGAAGACUUCGUAGUUUGACAAACUGCUUUAUUGUCUCUCUGGCUAUAACAGACCUUUUGCUAGGUAUUUUGGUGCUACCGUUUUCAGCCUUGAACUUGUUACAUGAAGAAUGGCCUUUUGGAUCAACCUUUUGCAACAUCUAUACCAGCCUGGAUGUCAUGUUGUGUACAGCUUCCAUUCUAAACCUCUUCAUGAUUAGCUUGGACCGCUACUAUGGUGUCACAGCUCCUCUGCGUUACUCCAUGCUUGUCACCCCAUGUCGUGUUGCCAUAGCAAUGGGUUUGAUAUGGGUAGUUUCCUUGAUGGUCUCAUUCCUUCCUAUACAUCUUGGUUGGAAUACAAAAGACAAAACAAUCCAAAACUCUAGAGGUGAUGACAGCAAAGAAUGCAAAUUGGAGCUGAAUAAGGAGUAUGUAUUAGUGGAUGGUUUGCUGACUUUCUACCUGCCUUUGGUCAUCAUGUGUCUUAUGUACUAUAGAAUUUUCAAGAUUGCCAGAGAGCAAGCUAAAAGAAUUAAUCAUGCCAGCUGCUGCAAUGCUGUGAGUCCUACACUACCUACAGUACGGGAACAUAAAGCUACUGUGACACUUGCAGCUGUAAUGGGUGCAUUCAUCAUCUGCUGGUUUCCCUAUUUCACAGUUUUUACUUAUGAAGGAGUGAACAAUAUUGAAGUAGAUGAGACUGCUUUCUUAAUAGUUCUGUGGUUAGGCUAUGCAAACUCUGCUCUCAAUCCAAUUCUGUAUGCUGCUUUGAAUAGAGAUUUCCGUACAGCAUACCAACGUCUUCUACACUGUAGGCGUGUGGGCCCCUUGAGCCAUGAGACCCCUCUGACCCUGCUCCAUAUACGCCGCCCAGAAGAAAGGACUUUACAGGUCAUGGAAAACUUGCAGGGAGACAAGACACACAAUAUUCAAGAAAGCAACGGAAAAGAAUUUAGUCCCUUCAUCAAAAAUGUAGCAGAAAGGAGUCAUGCCAGAUGGUGCAGUGGAUGUUUGGAUUACAUGACCUACAGAGCAAGGCUGUGGCUUUUUAAAUACCUCCCAAAACAAAGCGUAUGGACCUCAAUGUUGAAUGAUGCUGUAGUUGAAGCUCCAAAUGAUGCACAUGUACAACAUUCCCUGACAACACUGCCAUUGCAGCUUCAGGACACUGCCAUUAAGUAAAAGUCUUGCAGGAGCUAAAGUAUACGGCCUCUUGGUGAGCUUACAGGGACCAAGACCAAGUUCACAGACUACGACAAGACAUGACUUCACAUGUAUAAACUGUGUUUGUGCCAAUAAUAAACACUUUAAAGCAAGCCGCAAUUAGGCUCUGGUUGUUGGAAAGAUACACAACAAAAGAUAAUAAAUAACUGAAGGAUGGUUUGUUCUGUGGAAUACUUAUCAGCACUGUGAAUGGAAUUUAUAAACUGUCCUAUAUAAAACAUGUCUUUGUUGUGGAAUAUUACAAAACUAGCAACAACAAUGACUUGAAUGUCAUAUACCAUGAGCGUGGGUGCAACAAAACAUGUCAGAUGUGGCCAACAUUUCCAUCUUCUAUAAAGCUUAGACAUAUUUAACUGUGUCAUUGCUGGUUCACAUUGAACAAUUUACCUCCACUUGCACAUUAAUACAUUCCUUAAGAUUGU